AUGAAUGAAUAUUCCAAGCAAAUCAAGGAAUAUCGGUCAAUGGAAAAGCCUGGAAAGGCCCAUGGCAAAGUGUUUGUCAGAGUCCUUGGUGUUCGCGGCUUGAAUGUGCCCAUGCCCCAACAAGCUACAGCUCUCACAUGUACCUUGAACAACGGAAUACAUUUUGUCACCACUCCAGAAACCCGUCUAUCCAAAGAUCCGCGCAUCGAUCAAGAGUUUGAGCUUAUCGAGCACAAUAAGCUGGAGUUCACUCUCACCCUCAAAGUCCGCCGUGAUCCACACAUCACCGCCCAAUUACAGGCUCUUGUGCCACCGCCUGCUCCUCCUGUGCAACCCACAAUAUCUGCACCCAAGUCUAGGGGCGGCAUGCUCAGCUUCUUCUCCUCAUCACCCAAAAAGCAACUGCGUGCGACACCCCCACCACCACCCACCCCUCCUUUCAAACUCCCAGAUAAUCUUGCACGGUACCUCAAACAAGAUGGAACCCUUGCACGUGCAUUGAUUUCAUUCAAAGAUGUUGCUGCGAGAUGUGAUACUCGACUUUUUGAGACUAGCUACCCACUAAUCGGACAGCGCGUCGAAGCUUCAGGGGGUCCAACCACCAUGGAGCUGGGAGAGAUCGUUUUGCAGAUGUUUAGACUUCCACCUCUACCUGGUGUUCUGAGCAAUCAACUUCCGCAGAGUCUUGAAGACUGCCAUCGGGGUUUGAGACAUGUCGCCUGGCAUAAAGUUACCUACUUUGAAGGUACCCUGACGCAGAAUGGAGGAGAUUGCAUGACAUGGCGGCGUCGACGGCUUCGUGUGAUUGGCGCGAACCUUGUUGCAUUUAAUGAUGUCACUAAGAAGGCAACGGCCACCAUCAACCUUAAGAAAGCCAUUGCAGUCGAGGAUAACCAAGAUACGCGUACGAGGGCUCUCAGUCCUGGAGCUCAGUCAGUAGACGAUUACGGCGGGAUGAUCACAGUCGAGCGUUCCUUCCGUCUCAUAUUUCCUGGAAACCAGGAAAUAUUUUUCUUUGCAGACACGGACGAUGAGAAGGCGAAAUGGCUGGACGUAUUUCGUGCACUCGUCGGCCACAUCCCGCCGAAUCCAUUAUGGGCAGAGCUAAUAUGGCAACGACAGCAAGAGAUGGCGAAACCCCCUACGCAGUCGUCCUCCUCGAAGCCCUUGAUAAGCCCCCGAUAG